GGGUGGUGGAGACGCGAACGCGAGGGCGAGGGGAGGACGAAACCAAAGCGAAUGCCCGCAAAAAGGACCAAAAAACCAGGAGGGCAAAGGCCAAAGGGAACCAGAGCAGGGGGAGGGAAAUAAAACUACUGGCCAAACCCUAGCCGAGCCCCGUGUCAGCCCUCCGCCUGCCCCGCCACGAUGCGCCGGGCGAAACCGCCGCCGCCGCCGCAGCCGUCGACGGAGAUCCGGUACCGCGGGGUGCGGAGGCGGCCGUCGGGGCGCUACGCCGCCGAGAUCCGGGACCCGACCAAGAAGACCCCGAUCUGGCUCGGGACCUUCGAUUCCGCCGAGGCCGCCGCGCGCGCGUACGACACCGCCGCCCGGUCCCUCCGCGGGCCCACCGCCCGCACCAACUUCCCCAACGCCGCGCCCUCCGCGCCGCCGUCACGGCCGCGUGCGGCCGUGGCGGCUGCGGCGGCCACGUCCAGCCACAGCAGCACCGUAGAGUCAUGGAGCGGCCGCCGCAGCCGCACCGUAGAGUCAUGGAGCGGCGGCGCCCCCCGCGCCGCUGCCGCCCUAGCACGCAGCGCCGCCCCGACGGAGGAGGACUGCCGCAGCUACUGCGGCUCAUCGUCGUCCGUCCUCUGCGAAGACAGCGGCGGAGACGACGCGGCCGCCUCCCGCGCGCCCCUGCCCUUCGAUCUGAACCUGCCGCCUCCUCUAGAUGCGGCCGCCGAGGCCGAUCAGAUGGGUGCCCGCUACGACACGCUGCUCCGCCUCUAGCUCACGAGAAUAGCGAGGAUUCCGAGGCAGGAUUCAGAACAAGAUCGAGGCAAACGCUGCUCUCUGCUCCGCUCUUGUCCUUCUUUGGCUGAUCCGGUGGUGUUCCCUCGCUAGAUGGAUAAUUCUUGCUUUUCCCCCUUUCUUUUCUUCUUUUUUCUUACCACGAUGAUGAUGACGAUGAUUCGAUAUGUGAAUAAUUCUGUCAUGUAAACUGCGAGGAAGGAAAUCUGAGCUUUUCCUUUAACUUUCUCUAGUAUUUCGGGUGAUAUUGCUGCUGCUGUUGUUUCAUUAGUUGGAAAGUGGUUCUUCUCUCAAGCCGGCUGAUUCUAUUCGUUUGCUAUUUCUUGUAAGCAUUGGCAUAAGAUUGACUGGUUCAUUGAUCAUAUCUUGUGGCCUUGAAGCAAUUUCUUGAAGACUCAUUUGUCGUGACUCUGAAGCAAUUCCCUGAAGACUCGAGACGAUGAUGUAGAUUAUUUGCUCAUUGAGAUGUGUAUGUUUCAGGAUGUCUAAUUCUGAUGAGUAACACAUGUGUAGCUCCUGCUUAUGCAUAAUUGUUGGCCCUUCCUUAUAGUGUGAGUGUACAAAUACAAUGCUCAUCUGUCAUGUUUGAUUAACUGAAUGUUCAUCUCGAAACAAGUGGUCGAAUUGAACCGCAGGAGUUAUAGUUCGUAGUCCUAGUUUCCUGAUGAUAUCUAAAUUGUAUAAGCUUGAUUCU